AUGGAAGUGCUAUGUGUGGCGGAGAAGCCGUCCAUUGCAAAAUCAGUCGCAAACAUACUGUCUGGAGGGAGAUAUCAAACACGUCAAACUGGCGAAAAAUACAUCAGAAACUACAUUUUCGACUACCCACAAACCAACUCUCAAUUUACCGUGACUUCUGUCUCCGGUCACAUCAUGGGCCAUGAUUUCGACGAGGUUUACAAGUCGUGGCGUUCGGUUGACCCUCUCCAGCUAUUCACUCUUCCCGUCCGAUGCAAUGUAGACAAGGAAAAGGUCAAAAUCAAGGAGAAUUUGCAACAACUUGCCAGAACCGCAAAUACGUUGAUGAUCUGGACAGACUGUGACCGCGAAGGGGAGAACAUUGGAUACGAGAUAAUGCAGGUUUGUCGUGAAGUGAAGGCCAAUAUCACAGUGAAUCGUGCUCGUUUUAGUGCUAUCAUUCAAAACCAAAUACAUCGCGCUGCACAGCGUCCGGUGGAACUUGAUAUGGCUCAAGCAUAUGCUGUGGAAGCAAGGUCGAUCCUAGAUUUGCGAAUAGGGGCUGCUUUCACGCGUAUGCAAUCGUUAACCUUGCAAAGUACCGUGGCUGUCGAGGGAGUGGUAUCGUAUGGCCCUUGUCAAUUUCCUACUCUUGGCUUUGUCGUUGCACGGUAUUGCGAGGCGCGAGCGUUCACGGAAGAACCUUUCUGGUAUAUCACGCUGUUGCUCACACGCCAGGUAGGGGGGCAUCCCAAGGAGACAGCCUUCAGUUGGAGAAGAAACCAUCUGUUCAACUUCGAUGAUGUAUUUGUGAUAUACGAGCGUAUCAUGGCCAUCGAUAAUGCACGCGCACGAAUCACGAAGGUCACAAAGAAAACUACGAAGAAAUACAAGCCUUUGCCUCUAACCACUGUCGAAUUACAAAAAGCGGGAUCAAGACUUCUCAAGCUUGCUCCAAAGAAAGUGCUUGACGUCGCGGAGAAACUGUACCAGGACGGGUUUUUGUCAUAUCCUCGUACAGAAACAGAUCAAUACGACCCCCAAUUUGACUUCAUGGCACUGAUCGAGAAGCAGACAGCCGAUUCAGCGUGGGGAACCUUUGCGCGAGGGAAAGGCAAACACAAUGACAAAGCGCACCCUCCCAUUCACCCGACUGCGCAUGCAGCCAAUCUCACUGGAGAUCAGAAGAAAGUGUACGAGUACAUCACACGACGCUUUCUUGCCAGCUGCUCGAAGGACGCUGAAGGCUUUGAGACGAAAGCCGAGGUGGACUACGGAGGAGAACUUUUCUCCGCAAGUGGCCUCAGCGUAUUAAGAAGGAAUUAUCUUGAGGUCUAUCCAUACGACAAGUGGUCAGACAAGGACAUGCCAGACUUUGUUGAAGGCGAAACAUUUGAACCCACCUCUUGUGAGGUCAAGGAAGGCAAGACGUCUGCUCCAUCGUUACUCACCGAGGCCGACCUUGUGACCCUGAUGGACAAGAAUGGCAUUGGCACGGAUGCCACUAUUGCACAACACAUCGAUACCAUUGUCACACGCAAAUACGUGACGGAGAUCAAGGAGGGUUCGACCAAGUACCUUGCUCCUUCGCCUUUAGGCUUAGGGCUCAUCGGUGGAUACAAUCAGAUAGGAUUGGAGCGGAGUCUGAGUAAACCUCAACUGAGAAGAGAGACGGAGAGGCAUCUCGUACAGAUCUGCGAAGGAACCAAGACAAAAGAGGAGAUGCUAGAACAAUCUGUGGCCCUAUAUCAAGAAAUGUUCAUUUUAGCGAGGCGCGAGUUUAACAAGGUCAUAACGGUUAAAGGCGCUCCUAUCCCAAGACGAGGUGCGGGAGGUGGAGGCGACGGAGAUGGUGGGGGCGGGGGUGGAGGCGGUGGAGGCUACGACGAAGGCGGAGAUGGCGAUGGCGGCGGACGCGGCGGCCCAGCCAGGCGAGGCCGUGGUAGCGGUACCGGACGAGCUCGGGGUCGAGGAAGAGGGCGAAAUAGCACAGGAAAUGACGCUCCUGACGACGGUACGAAAAAGAAACGUGGUCGACCAAGGAAAAACCCUCCACCAGAUGCCCCUGCUGCACCCGCUGCACCCGCUACACUCAGUCGUGGACAAGUAGCCCCAUCGCAUGUUUCAUCAGAGGAUUAUGGUUUUGACGGUGCGUUCCUAAAUCGCCGGUUGUAA